UCUACCUACCUCCUGUCUUCUAAUCUCCCCUCCCUUUCCCCCUCUCUCUCUCUCUCUCACUGUCACUCUCUCUCCUUUGCUCAUUGUACCCUCCCUCUCGCUCUCGCUCUCCUUUCUCCUCCCCUCGCUCCCUCAAAGCCAGCAGUCUGCUAUUCGAUCCAGGCUGCCUGCUUCAUGAUCUCCAGGAAAACACUGCUCAGCUUCUUGCUGUCUCUCUUUCUGCUUGAUGCAGGAGCUUUUUUAGACUCUUAUCACUGGAAGGAUAGGAUGGGUCUGCUUGGGGACUGAUUCCUUCCACCACCCCUUCUCCCCACUCCCCUCUCCUAAUCUCCCGCCCUCUGACCCCACCCCCCUUCCCCCUUCCCUCUUUCCCUGUACCUUGUCCCAGCCCGAUCCCCAUUUCCCCCCUAUUUCUUCUCUGCCACUCGACCAUGUUGCCAUGUGUUCUCUGGUUCCAGUCUCUCUUCGUCUUGCUCUCUUCCGUCUCGCUGUCCCGAGGGGAAAACUGCCCUGCUAGCUGCCUGUGCCCAGACCCCCACACGGUGGACUGCAGCGGCCGGGGGCUCACCCGGCUCCCGGAGGCCAUCCCCCUGGACGUCCGCAGGCUCCUGCUCUCCGACAACUGGAUCCCCCGCAUCCCCGCCGACUUCCUAGUGCUCUACAGCGACCUGGUCUACCUGGACCUGCGGAACAACUCUCUCUCCCGCAUCGAGCCGGGGACCCUCAGCACAUCUUCCAGGUUGGUGUUCCUGGACCUCGGCAGCAACAACCUGACAGAGAUCCCCAAGGGGACUUUUGGAGAGUCCCGGAGCCUGAUCAAACUCCGCCUGGGAAACAACCCCCACCUGAGCAUGGUCAAUGAGGAUGCUUUCCUGGGCCUCACCUCCCUACGUGAGCUGGAGCUGGAGCGCAACGCCCUGUCUGGCCUGCAGGUGGGGGCCCUGAGCAAGCUGCCCUCCUUGCGGGUGGUACGCCUGGAGGGCAAUCCUUGGGUGUGCAAUUGCAACUUUGCCAACUUGUUUGCCUGGCUGAUGGCAAACAGACACAAGCUUCCAAAUGGUGUGGAGGGUAUGGAGUGCUCCCUCCCAACGGAUGGGCGGAGGGUGGCUCUGAGCCAGCUCUCUCAGGACAGCUUCCGGGAAUGCCAGGUCACCCUCACCCUGACGGACUUCCUCAUCAUCAUCUUCUCCGGCAUCUCCGUCUCGGUGGCCGCCAUCAUGGCCAGCUUCUUCCUGGCUUCCACCGUUCACUGCUUCCAGCGGUGGAGCAAGGGCGUCAAGGGCGACGAGGAGGAGAACGAGGAGUGAGGCCGUAGGCUCACUCGCCCUGGGAAUUGGGAGCUGGAGAGUGACAGCCACGCAGGAAUUUUAAUCUAAUCCUGUGCGUCAGUCUCCGUUUUAGGGCAACUGCACUCGCUGUCGUCACAGUACACAAAGCCUUGGUACCUGCAGAAGAUGUGAAUAUGGAAGGUCCUAAGGCCAAAAUUCAAGGCCAGGUUUGCAAAUGUUUUUUUUGUUUGUUAUUGCUUCACGCUGGUUCUCUAUGCAUGUACAUUAUGUACAUGUGGUACAAUAGUACAGUAUUUGUUUUUGGAGCCAGGGUUUGAAAGGCUUAAGUUCCUUAAUGUCCUAGGGUCUUUCCAGCAUUACAGAGCUAAAUCUUAACUUGCAAAGACUUCAUAGAGUAGUUCAUUACACCUACCGGUUGUUCAGUUUACACUGUAAUCCAAAUCAAAGCUUUGAUGUUUCUGAGAUGUGCCAGAAUUACACAGGAGAGCAGUCCCUAUAAGUAAGAUGCAAAUGAACAUCAAAAUGGGUGGAGUGAAGGAAAGCACCGACAGCGAUGUAUGCAGACGUGUGAAGAAUCAAGCAGAACAUUCAGUGAUUGGGGCCUGCAAACAGUAUUUAAAUUAAAUUCAGUUCCUUUGUAAAAAUAAGUCCAAUCAUACAAAUUGUUAGGCAUAAUUUGCAAGUUGGAAAUGAUCCCUUUCCAUUUAAUAAAAAAACAGUUAUUAGACUAGAGUAAUGUUUCACAAUGUAUUUCAAAGUGUACUGCACUUUGAUUAGAAUCUGUGCAGACUUGCAGUGUGCCUUGUUGGAGAAGGUGACACGAGGAAAGGUUUGGUCAUUCACACUUCAGAUGAGAAAAGGGAGGGGCUUGGCUUCCACAGUUCUCAACUCGCCUAUUUCAUAGGGAUUACCUGUUAAUUGUCAAGUCUGCCAAAGAUGAGGAUAUGAGGUGGAGGGAACGAGUGCUGAAUUUCCACAGUACGAGUGUUUUGUAGAACGGCUGCAGAAUGUUCCGGUGGACCUGUUUGCACAGGGUGUGAGAGCAACGUUCUUUCGUGUAUAACAGCAUACCAUCUAGCAUGUCAACAUCUGGCAAAAGCAUGUGCAUUUGCUAACAAAUUAGAAAGUGGUCAAAGUAUUUAUGCAUAUUCAAUUGCUUAACAAAUUGAAUUGGAAUACAAUAAAAAAUACAUGGUUUGGACAGAGGAAUUUGAGAUGCUAAAAAUUCACAUUAAGUAUCUAGUUCUUACCCUUGCUAUGCUGUAUAUAUCUUAUGGAGAACAAUAAUAAUACAUGAGAAUUCUUUGAAACAAGUGGAAUGACACUUGAUGCCAUCAAUGAUUUUCAGAGUGUUUUCCUAAUGGAUAAUACGAGUUAUGGCAAUAUGAAGUAAUGUAAGGUUACAGGACAGCUGGAGGAUGAAAGUGUAAUCUUUCAUCUGUUCUAGAGUGAGUUCAUAAAAGGACACAGUUUUCCCUCAGCUAGCACAGGACAGAAGAAAAAAAGAAAAGUUUAUCCUUGAAUGUAUCAAGCAUUUUCCGUACGAGUCAGUCUUUUCCGGCUUUUUUUUUUGGUAUAUCCAAUGAAACCCUUUCUCUGGGGUUCAUUUUCAAACAUUUGCUUUUUCAGGAUGCAUUAAAAAUUUACUUCAUGAUCCAAUUAGACGUGCAUGGUAAAUGAUAACCGUAAGAGAAACUACUGAUCAUUUUUCAGACAGCUGCUGUGACUGCCCUUUGAGUACAAGUACAGAAGGAUAUCUGAAUUAUUUAUCGAGGGAAUGAGAAUGCUGAAGGUUCUGAAGCACAGCAAUGGGCAACAUCCUAUGCUUACCAUUUAUGCAGUGCUGGACCAAAAGCAUUUUUAAUGGGUUUUAUAGCUUGCAUUCAUAGAUGGAACUAAUGGUGACAUUGCCUGGGUUUCUUAGGGUUUAUUUCAGGGAUUUUACAUAAACAGUAUGUGCAUUCCUGACCAAAACAUUUAAAUACUGAUGAUCUAGAUGAUGCAAUGCAUGGGUUCAGUUUAGGCCCAAAAUCUUCCGUUCCUGAUAGUCAAAUACCUAUAGUUCCUGAUUUCACAUAGGGCAAUGCUACAGUCUAGAAUGAGCUGUGUUAGAUAAAUGCAUGUGCAUAUCCCAAUGCCAUCAACAAAUGGUGUUGCCUAGUUGUGACUGUACUGUGGAUUUUUAAAACAUUUUUUCAAUAUACACUUUAAAAAAACAAAUACAAUGUUGGAUGCUACAUGUUCCCAUUCAGAGAAAGUUAUUGAUGCAAUUAUUCUGUUGCAUUUAGAAUGAGUGUCGUCCCUCUGAAAGUGGCCUCUCCAAAGUGGGCUAUGGCCAUUUUAUUCAUAAACAUUGCGACCUCCAUUUCCACUGUCAGUCUAACUGCGGCAGCUGCAUUGCAUCUGCAGGCAAGGGAGUUGAGAGGGAGCAAAAGCAUGUGACCAGUGAUGGUCAAGGAGUAGAGAAUUUGAGGUGUUACUGCAUGUCGCAUUGUGAUAUCACUGCUUGCUCACUUUAUCAACACAUACACAACGGAAGUACAGCUCUGUGUACUCAUAACUGAAUCCCACACCCACAGUACUGUCAAUUUGUUGGUGCUAGAUGUACCUUCACCCCUUAAAUUAUUUAAUACAAAUGGGCUCACAAGGAGACGGAUUGGCUCUGUUCCCUCCACACUGUGCUGGGACAGCGUAGUAAGCCUGAUUUCCAAAGAGCUAAACUAAAUUUUUACGCUCAGUGUUGUCUGCUUUCCCAGUUUACUGUUGAGUUACAAUUGUCCUGAGUCGUGUCCUUGAAUUUUUGUCUCAUGAUUCUGGUUUAAAGGGCUUUUUUUGUUAUGUAAUAAUGGAUGUUCUCUGAAUAUAAAUUUGAGGUGACUGGUAUUUUCUUGACAAUGAAGAGUCCUUUUCUUUAUAGUGAUACAGAAACAAUAAACCCCUGAUAAAUACAAUUU